AUGGUAGACAUACAAAAACAAAAUUCAUCGAAAGAAACCGAAAAGUCUAGCAAUGCGGAUAAAGAUGUUGCGUCGGCAAACUUUGAUGACACCAGUGUUGAUGUAACUCACUUAAUAGAAAACAGAUACAAUACUACAAAGGAGGUCAUAAUAAAAAGGUUGAAAGAGAUAAAUUUUUUAUGUUUCACAAGUGACAUACUUACAAUUACUAAUUCUACAAGAAGUUUCUUAGUAUUGACGGUUCACUUUAUUGACAUCGUAGACGGAUCGCCUGUCAUUCAGAGCCUGAACUUAUGCGCCCAAAAACUUUCUCAGGGUCAUACUGGACAGUACAUUCAAGAACGUUGGAAAGAAAUAUGCGAAGAGUUUGAAAUUGACAAAACUAAAAUUGUAUCAAUUACCACUGAUGGUGGCGCAAAUAUAGUAUCAGCGGUACGAUUGUUUUUAGGUGAUAAUCAUCGGAUUCCCUGCAUGGCUCAUGUUUUAAACCUUGUUGUUGAUGGAGUACUUAAAGAAAUUAAAGAAUUUUCAGCACUUACCGAUCACGUCAAAACCAUUGUGACGUUCUUUAAGCAGUCAGUCAAUGCUAUGGACCAAUUACGAGCCGAACAAGAAUCAUGUGGAAAAAAAGAAGGUGAGGUGUGGACAUUGAUACAAGCUGUCAGCACUAGAUGGAAUUCUUGCUUUGACAUGCUAGAGAGAUUCGAUAAACUGUCUGUACUAGUAGCUAAAAUUUUAGCCACAAAAAGCCAAACUAAUAAAAAUACACCAGAUAUGAUUCCAUCGUCGCAACUUAAUGUGAUACGAGAUUUUAUUGCUAUUCUUGGCCCUUUCAAAGAAGCCACUGAGAAAGGUCCAUACUAUUUACCUCCAGACAAGCUACCUUUAUUGGAAGAACAUAUAAAUGAAUUAGUCGAUUCUGGUAUAUUAUUCCCAUGUCAGAGUCCCUACGCCUCACCAGUAUUCUUUGUAGCUAAACAAUCGGGUGGUGUUAGGCUGUGUGAUGAUUAUCGAUUUUUAAAUACCAAAAUUCAAUUCGAUCCUUUCAGCGCAUAUAAUGCAGAGGUAUCCGAAUUAGACACAGAUGAAUCUAAAGUUGAUUCUGAUAGCUCUCAUGAAGGAGCAUCUACAGAAGAAGAUAGCUCUGAUGAAGGAGCAUCUACAGAAGAAAAAUGA